CACGGAAUGUCCAUUCAUUUUCCACUCAGUCAGUCGUCUUCAUGACUAGCUAAGCUAGUAGGACGCACGUCCCUCCCCCAACGUCCCACUGCCUGCCUCCUUGCGCAGCACAGCCAGCACACCCUGCUGUUGAUGAUGCUGCUGCUGCUGCUGAUGCUGAUGCUGCAUGCCCGUCUCACACACAGUCUUGAGCACCGACCCAGCAGCACUGGCGCUAAGAACCGAUCCCUCCAACGUGGAGGUGCUCAUGAUCCGCGACUGCUCCUGGAACACAACACACACAACACACCACACCACAUGAGUCCAUGAAUGACACCCAGGGCGUGGCGUGCGAUGAGGGAGGAGGGACUCACCACCUGUGCAGCUGGAGGCAGCACAAGCACCGCACUCUCCUUAGUCGCCCCUGCCGGCCGGUUUCCUCGCUGGCGAGCAGACGACACGGGCACGUUGGUGCUGGUGCGAUGGCUGAUGGACGUCACCUUGCUGCCGGAGAGAGGCAGCCGCGACACAGGUUUGGCGAAGGGCGGCCGGUGCUGGUGCGGGUCCGAGAGGGACGUCAGGGCCUGCGGGGGCGUGGGGGAUGUAGGAGUGGUCCGAGUGUUGCUGCAAAAUGAUAGAUAAUGGAACAGGACAGGCGGCGUACCAGCCAGUUGUGACGCUGGUGUUGUGUUGUGUGGUGGGUGUCUUACUGCAGCAUGAGAGGCUGUGGUGUGCCAGGUGGGUGUGAGGGUGGCCCCCCAGCGGUAGAUCCCUCGCUGGUCCGCAUCGAAUACUUAUCGAGCAUCAUCAUCUCGCGAGUGUGCUGCAGAGAGUAAGACAGAGAGGUGUCGGUCGAUGUCCGUCCAAGUGGCUUUUGGGUACCUGCUUACCUGCGCCUCCAGCUGAGAGAGCACAUUCUGAUACCGCUGCAAUAACAACGAACAUCUGGUUGUGGGUCACCGGUGGCAUGCAGCGCGUGACGUGAAUCCUUCUGUCGGGCUUCACAUCACCUGUGUGCAGCGCCCCAGUUCGGCUUUGCGUGCCUGUUUCUGUUCCUCCCGGCCGCUGGCGACCCUCUUGAGGAGUCCGCUCAUCUCCAGCUCCUGCUUCUUAAGGAACUGCUCCUCCAAAAACGCUAUACGACUGUGUGGGGGUAAGAAGCACAAACACUGUGUGUCCUCACUGUUCUUGUGGUGGGUGGAUCCAUUGCUGGGCAGCCUACCUUUCUCGUUCGGUCCUCCACUUCUGUAUUUCUUUCUGCUGCAGCCGGUCAGCCUGCGCCUUGACCUUCUCGGCCUCGGCGUAGCUCUUCUGCUUAGCCAGCGUCUGCACACAGCACAUGACAUCACAUAUAAAAACACAGACAGACCGAUGGAUGAACGCCCUCCUCUGCUGCCCUCACCUGUUCGACUUUCCUGAGGUUGAGGAGAUCCUUGCUCCAUCGGGGAUUCCGCAAACCCGCAGCCCCCUUGCCCGAACUGACAGACACAUUGCCGCCGUCGGUGCUGAGCUUCUCGAGCAUCUCGGUGUGUGCCGCGCGGUGUCUGGCCGCCAGCUGACUCUGCAGAUGGGUCGCGUGCGCCUCGAACUCUUGCACCUUCUGGUCCUGAUACACACCGACCGACGAGAAAACGGACGCCGUCAGCGAAUAGAUGAGUUGCGUGUGCAUAUGGCGUACCCACAGCUCGUGGAACUCCUGCAGCUCCUUCAUAUGCGCCUCCUCGAGACCCAACCUGUAGCAUUCACCCGCUCUCUGUCCGCCAUUCUGGCUGCAUGGUUGGCUUACUUCUCAGCGAGAUGCUUCGACUUGAGUUCCCGUUUCCUCCGACUCAUCUCCAUGGCCUUGAGCUGAUCCAUCCGCUGCUGAGCCAAUUCGGCAUCGCCGUACUUGCCGGCCUUCUCGCACUCGAGGCGAUGAUGCUCCAGCACCGACAGGAACUCCUCGAUGGCGCCUGGAGGACGAGAAGGCAUCGGAGGGCUGUUGGAAGCUGCGGCGGUGGGCAGCUGUGAGGCCACGAGAGCCAUGUGGAUGGAUGACGACUAUCAAUCAGGCUAUUGGCAACUAUCGGCGAUUGGUAUGGCAGCUGAGAGAGCUUUGUUGCUGUCGGGAG